AUGUAUAAUGAGAUGGAUGGCAACUUUGAUGACGUCGCCAUUAGCACUUUUAAAAGCGGUCUCCCAACCGAGCACGACUUGAGGAUAUCCUUAACUGGCAAGCCUGUCACCAAUGUAUGUCAACUUAUGGACCGGAUUGACAAAUACAAAAAAGUGGAAGAGGACCAGCUACAAAGGAAAGGAAAGGAGAAGGUCAUCCCUCAAAAGAGAAGUGAUUUCAGGUCGGACCAAUACAACAAUAACCAUCCAAUGAGAGAUUUCGCAGGGCAAUCAGGAUCAACCAACAUGCAGACAGUUAACGUCGUAUUCAGAGAACUGGUACAUCAGGUGUUAGAGAAAAUUAAGAAUGAGUCAUUCUUCAAAUGGCCGAAUAAAAUGGCUGGAGACUUCAUGAAGCGCAAACAGAGUCUAUAUUGUCAGUACCACCAGGACCACAAACAUACUACAGAAGACUAUAGGAACCUUUGGAACCACUUGGAUCUGUUGGUCUGA